GCAUUGCGGUUUAUCAUGGCGACUUCAACGAUUUGACCCUUGCUAGCCUAACUCAAAGGACCAGCUGAAGAUAAGCAAAGCCUGUGCGGAAAGUUUGAGUCACUUCACUUUAUACUUGAGGAUGAAAGUGUUGUUUACAGCGCUAAAACGAACCUAUAAGGCUGCUGGUUACGUCUGCCGCCGGAGUUCCCACGCUGGCAGCGGCCCGGUGUUGCCUCUCGCAGGUGAGGUGAUAGUGGGGUCCAGCCGGGAGCUCGUGCGAGGUCUAGGCUCUCAGGUGGAGGUGAGGACGAGCUUCAUCACUGAGGAGGAGGAAGCUGCUUUUCUGCACGAGCUGGAACCAGGACUGAAGAAGAAACGCUACGAGUUCGACCACUGGGACGAUGCAAUUCAUGGCUACAGAGAGACCGAGCGGCUGAGGUGGGGCCCAACCUGCGAAGAAAUCCUGAACCGUGUCCGGUCUGUGGCAUUUCUYGACAGCAGUCCUCUCCUUGGCCCCGUGCAUGUUCUAGAUUUGGACAAAACCGGCUACAUUAAGCCACAUAUCGACAGUGUGAAGUUUUGUGGCAGCACCAUUGCUGGCUUGAGUCUUCUGUCAGACAGUGUUAUGCAUUUAGUAAAGGAGGACGCUCCGCACGAAUGGGUGGACCUAUUGCUCUCUCGACGCUCUCUCUACAUAAUGAG